AUGGCGACUAUGCCGCUUACCAGUCUGCUCCGGGUAACGAGCAAAUCAGCCUUUGAAAAAGCCACCCAUCAUCCCUUUCUAGAAGCAGCUGGAAAGGGCGAGCUCCCCAAAGAGAAAUUAUCACAAUGGCUCGCACAGGAUCGGUUGUAUGCACAAGCAUAUGUACGGUUUAUCGGGGCCUUGCUCACUAAGGUUGUAUUGCCAGUCAACAAUCCGCACAGCAGGCCAAAAAGUGCAGUACCAAUCGAACAACAUGUCUUUGACAUUCUAGUGGAAGCCUUAAACAAUAUCCAACGGGAACUGAAGUUUUUCGAUGAGGUGGCAAUGGAGUACGGUUUAGACGUCACUGCGUUGUUUAACCAGCAGAACGAAAACCAGCAUUUGGGAGUGGGCUAUUUUGAGCCUCAAUUCAUCACAAGAGCAUAUAUUGACCUGUUCAUGUCAGCGGCCAGUCCCGGAGUGACCUUGCUGGAAGGUAUGACUGUCCUAUAUGCAACGGAGUAUGUCUAUCUACAUGCCUGGAAGCAUGCUGCAGCUGUCAUGUCGAACACAGCAAUAAGUUGCGAGACUCAACCGUCUCCAUCGUCCUUCUCGACAGGCGCUGAACGGGAUCUGGAUGGAGGCGCACUACGUCGGAAAUUUAUUCCCAACUGGUCGAGUCCUGAGUUUGAAAAGUUCGUCAUUAGGCUGGGCGAGGUCGUGGAUGAGUUGGCUGGGUGCAUAAAAGGGGCGGAUGUUAUUGAGAAGACUAGGAGUCAGUGUAUUGGAUGGUAUAGACAUAUACUGUGGCUGGAGGAGCAGUUCUGGCCCGAUGUCAGCGAACAUUGA